GAAAAGACAUAGUAAAAAAGGAAAAGACAUUAGGAUUUGUAAUCUCUAUAUAUGUUGUGCCUUGCCUCUACUCUUUUUUCACUCUUUCUCUCUCUUUUCACGUUUCCAUUAUCUCUCUUAUUUUCUCUGUAAGAAAAAUGGAAAAAACCCUAAUAAUGCCGUCGAAGGUAUCUGACUGCACGAUGAGGAAAAGAGGAACAAAGAGAAAGAUUGAAAUUCAGAAACGCUUCACUAAACAACAACGAUCGGUGGCUUGCAGCAAACGCCGUCCUACACUCUUCUCCAAAGCCGCUGAUCUUUGUCUUCUCUCCGGAGCCAACAUCGCCGUCUUCGUAACCUCUCCGGACGAGAACUCCGACAUUGUUUACUCCUUCUCCGGCUACUCUCCUGCCUCUGAAAUUGUUGAUUGUUACCUCAACGCCAAGUCUCCUCCCAAUAUUAUUAACCCUCAAUCCAAGUUAGGGUUUUGGUGGGAAGACCCUGAUCUCUACCUUUAUUGUGACGAUCUCUCUGAGUUAAGUAUCAUUGAAGAUCGUAUGAUGAGAACGAAGAAGCAUCUGUUGGAUUGUCUUGAGAAGAAAGAAAAAUCACAAUUUCUUUCGAAAUCCGAUCAAAACCCUAACACCGACGAGAUAUUCAAUAAUGGUGGGUCUUCUUCUUCUUCUUCUUCUUCUCAAAUUGCUUCUGAUUUAGGUCAAAACCCUAGCACCUCUUCUCCGUAUUCCUCACACAUUGUUUCUUUUGAUCAGAACUCUUACUCCUCCCUUGACAAGUUAUGUGGCGAGCCUUCGUCACAAGUUACUUGUUAUGAUCAAAACCCUAUCUUCUCUGUUGGCGAGUCAUUAUGUGAUCAAUCUCGUUACUUGGUGAAUGAAGAUCCUGGAUUUGUUAACUGCUUAUGUGAAACAGGGGAGGAGAAUAACGGAAUGAGUGUAGCCCAAGAAACACAAACACAAUCGAUGCUCAUUGAAGAUCAGAGCUUUUGGGAAAACCUACUUAAAGAUGAGGACAACGUGUUUGGUCUUCUUAACGACAACAACCUUGAGGUUCCUCUUCAAGAUCGAUCCUCAACCAACGAAGAAGACGAGUUUAUGAUCGAUAUCAGUGAAUUCUUAAGCGAAGAAGAAGAAUUCGAAUGGCCCCUGUUUUAGUUAGUUCUCUAUUAAGCCAAGUUAAUUAGGGUAUUAAUCUAUCUUAAAACUCUAACUUGAUCUGUUCAUUAGGUAAUUACCAUUUAUUUUGUUGUGUGUAACGAUCUCUAGAUUCAUGUUGUUUAUUGUUUUUAAUCUUCGAAUUAUCAGAUUUUGUGUCGUCGAAACAGAGUUUCUUGAUGGUGAAAAUUUCUGUUUAUUCUACAAUUUUGAUUAUAUAUCUCAUAUUCGUUUUGAUUUGUUGAGAUCGAUUGAUUAAGCUAUACAUUGCCUUGUCUUCUCUUGCCGUUCUUGUUGAAAUGUUUGCUUUUUAUGGUUUUGAUGCAAUCUUGAGUAGACAUUUGUGUUGAAAAGAAUAAUGUUGCAGUGGCUAGGGAUGGUUUGAUUUUUUGGCCAAACUAGAAGAAUUUGUAAAUUUGGCAACAAUAAGUUUCAUAACUUCUUGUAUGUUGUAGAUUAGUGUAAGGAGGAAGUUGGAACAUUAGGGUCCAUUGACUUUGUUACUAGCUAAGAUAUUCAAAGAUAACGCAUUUUGUAUUUCAAGUGAAAAAAGCGUCCAUAUACACACUUGUUGAUUUGUUGUUUCAACGUGGCACACGUAAUGGAUGCGAUAUUGAUCUUGUAGAGUUGAUGAUCUCUCUUUGUCUCUGUUAGUCUUUGUGAGUGAAAACUCUCCAACAUUCUCUGUUCUUGAAAUCAAUUUUGCCUCGCUACUAGUUUUUUGUUUCGUAAGUUCUGUGUCAGUGAAUUUGGAUUUUGUGAAUUUGUGAAUCUCAAAAUCAACAUUUUUCAGAGUUCAAUUUCG